AUGGCACUCUCCUACUUCAUUCAAAGUGAAUACCUUAGAGAAUUGUCUAUCAACUUACACAGUCUAGAUUUUAACGUGUCCAAAGAGAAUUAUCCACUUUUCAUAAAAACAGUCGCAACUGAAAAUGAAUUGAAGUUUUAUUACACUGUACACACCUCACUGGAUGUAGUUGAAGAAAAAAUUAGUUCAGUUGGCAAAAAUGUAAAUGAUUUAAGAGAGCUAUACUUGGGCCUUCUAUACCCUACUGAAGAUUACAAAGUUUAUGGCUAUGUAACAAAUACAAAAGUGAAAUUUGUGAUUGUUGUAGAUUCUUUGAAUGCAUCUCUCAGAGACAAUGAGAUUAGAACAAUGUUCAAAAAGCUACAUAAUGCUUAUGUUGAUAUGCUGUGCAAUCCAUUUUACAAGCCUGGAGAAAAUAUAACAUCAAAAGUAUUUGAAAAUGUGGUAACAGCUAUGUUGCAACAGGAUUAA